AUGUGCGAAUUCAGGUAUUGUUGGGCCUUCCUUCGUGGAUCGCUGCGUUUUCCUAACAAAGUGGUCAGCAAGGAACUGUUGACGGAUCCGCUGUUGGAUGUCGGCUUGCUUCAGCCGGAGCAAAGGGUGAGUACGUGCACCGUUGUCAUCGGCGAGGCUCGCUUCAGAGUGGAAGAGGACACGCCUGUUACAUGCGAGGUCGCCACCGUAGGUAGCAAGGUCGCAAGCAUCAGUGAGACACAGUUCCGCAAUCUGCUGGAAAACUUCUACCACAAGGGGUCGACGUGGUUGCUGUGGCGUGUCAAGAAGCUUCGGGAGGAUUUGAAGAUGGAGCCGGAUCCAGCGAGUGACUCUGAGCUUGAGCGUGUCUACGCCUUCUACCGGAGCCACUGGCCAGGUCCAGAACUCCAGGAAGAGGGCGAGGGGGCUGAAGAGGCGGUUGAAGCUUUGGAUGAUGAUGGGUAUGACUGUGCCGAGGAGUGUGAAGAAGACCUUUUAGAGGAUGAGGAGGAUGAUGAUGAUGAUGACUUGUGCAAGUCUUUGGGAGUUGUGCCAGCAUCUUGCCAGCUUGUGCCAGAGUCCCCCCGCAGCAGCGCUGCAGAAGUGACGCCCGAGCACAAGGCCCCAGAGCCGCCCUCGCAGACACCCAGCGCCCCGUCGGUCACAUCUUAUGUGAGAAAAGCACCUUUCCAAGCAGAGUCGCGCAGUGAUCUACGCAAGCAGCGUAUGGAUGAGCUGAAGCUGAAAAUCCAGCAGCGCAAGCUUUUGCUUGCGCAAGGAGUUCAGCAGGAGGCAUCAUUGGGUGCUGAAGGACAGCUUCCUCCAUACCCAGCCGACAUGGACAGUGCCGAGACGCAGCCCCACUUUGGCAUCAUCGCUUUGGCCGAGAAGGCAGGGCUCGAUGGUCAAGACAAGGAGAAUCAACGCGAGGCCAUGGCCGUGGAGCCGGGGCUCCUUGACCAAGACAAGGAGAAUGGACGUGAGGCCAGCGAGGCCGUUGACCGAGAGAAGGAACGUGGAUCCGAGCCCGAAGAGGCCCCUGCCGUAGACAAGGAGUCCGAGGAGAGAGCCAUGGUGAAGGCCGUUGACCAAGAGAAGGAACAUGGAUCCGAGCCCAAAGAGGCCGUAGACAAGGAGUCCGAGGAGCCGGGAGACAAUCCGGACACCGACAGCGCAAAUCCUGGUGCCGAUGGAACACCCGAUGAGCCACAUGACAAACCGGCUGCAGCAGAUGCUGCUUUCGAUGUUCACAAGACACAGGAGACCUUGACGCGGAAGGAGCAGCAGAACUUGAAGAACGCGCAGAAGGCAGAAGGUUCUGGCCGUGGCCGCGGUCGCGGCCGGGGCGGAGGACGAGGAAGAAUGAAGCGGCCAGCAGCCGCUGUGCGACGUGACGAACAGCGCGGGGUCCGGACUGAGGAGGAUGGACUCCAGGAGCAGCCGGAGGAGGAAACUCCUCACCACUCCGAUGCUGAGAAAACUGUCCAUUACGAGCAGCAGCUUGCGGCCGUGCCGGGUGACGAACCUGCUCCGGAGGACGCCGACCAGGCUACAGGUGCAAAGACGAAGAAGGCCAAAAAGACUGGCGACAAGCGCAAGAAGCUUGAGUCCACGGAAGCAGGCCCUAGCAAGAAGAUCCCCAAGUCGUGUGACCCACCGGCGGGCAGUGAAGCGGCUGGGGUGGAUUCGAUCCAGAGCAAGACGUUCGCUCGCCGGUAUUGCCCAAACUCCGGGCCGAAUCGCCAGAAAUGGCUGGGGCUACGGGACGCAUACCACGCAGAGAUCGCCCCCCGCAUCUAUGCGCCGUCGAAGAUGGAGGACCACUUCCUUAAGUUCUUCACGAACUGGUACCCAGCUCACUGCCUGGAGAAUGCUACAGCCGACAGAUACAAGUGCCUGGCUCUUGAGCUCGUGCCUGAGUAUUUCAAACAGGUCUAUGUGCUCCUAGUCUUGAUGACCAGCUGGCUGGAUGUCUUCAGUUUGCAGAGCCAAUACGAUAUGAUCGAGUUCUUUGCUGGUGUUGGCAGAAUCACCCGCUUGGCAUCUGCUAGGAAGUACACAUCUGCAGGCUUCGAUCUAGACUACGGUGCUCCAAAAUGUCCCCGACAUGGAAAGAAGCGCAACUCCAAGAAGAUGGCUAGCUGUAUGGACAUUAAUGGAUCUGCCGGCUUCGUGUAG